GAAAGAUCCUCUCAGAGCCUUCGUCAAGAUUGCCCAGGACCGUGUGGUACGGGCGAGAUAAUGCGUGAUUCUCAGCUUUGAGGGCGCAAGAGUGUGUGCUGCACCGUCCAGUGAGUCGGUCGAAUCAAUCGUCCUGCGGUCCGCCGGCGUAGUGUUGAAAAGAGUGCAUUUUGAGUGUUUAAGGAAAAAGUGGCUCGCUGUGUGCAUAUUUUGAAAUUAGUUUAUUCUGCUAAAGGAUAAAGCAAAGGUUUCUCCUGCAAAGAAUCAGUGCCGAGCGCAGUGACCGAGCUGACGUGUUGUAGUGCGUUGAAAAGUGUUUAGAUUAAUAUUCACUGAAAGAAAGAAUAGCCUGCCGUGGCUGCUGUGAAGAAGUGACUCCUCGAAAAGGGGAUUAGCCGGUGAAGUGAUAGCAAGUGGCGUGGUGCUCCUUGCGGUCGGGAACUAGCGUUACGCCAGCCUACCGGGCCGUGAUUGCGCUGUCGCUUCCAUCGACGGGCGCGGCAAGAUAGAGAGUGCGAUAGGUGACCACGCGUACAACAACGGCCUUACAAUUCAUUUCGAUAAAGUGGCCUCGAUCGGCGCCAACACGCUCAACUUUACGGACCUGGGGAGCCCUUACGAGGGCCCCCCGAGCACACCCCAGUCCGGGAUGGAUGCGCCGGACGCGCCGCACACGCCGAAGUACAUCGACGGCGGUGCGACGGCAACCGCGCCCGGCAAAUCGGCCUUCGUCGAGCUGCAGCAGCAUGGGUACGGUGGCAUCCGGAGCGGGUAUCAGCAUUUCAGUGCCCAGGGCGGCCAGGACUCGGGCUUUCCGAGUCCGCGCGGUGCCCUCGGCUACCCAUUUCCGCCGAUGCACCAGAACUCCUACUCUGGGUAUCAUUUAGGCAGUUAUGCACCACCCUGCGCUAGUCCACCAAAAGAUGACAAAUUAGAAGACACCGGUCUGCGGGUAAACGGCAAGGGCAAGAAGAUGCGAAAACCGCGCACCAUCUACAGCUCCCUCCAGCUGCAGCAGCUCAACCGAAGAUUUCAGCGAACGCAGUACCUGGCGCUACCGGAGCGGGCCGAGCUCGCCGCCAGCCUCGGGCUGACGCAGACACAGGUUAAGAUCUGGUUUCAAAAUCGGCGAUCCAAGUACAAGAAGAUGAUGAAAGCGGCCCAGGCACCGGGCGUUGGAGGAGGACUUCCAUUGGGUGGACCGAACCAGGGAGGCCACAGUCCGUCGCAGCAUCAAAACAUGCAUCAAGCACCCGGUGGAGGAUCGAGCAGUGGUUCGCCUUCGCAUUUCCUACCUCCCGGACACAGUCCAACGCCGUCGAGCACCCCCGUCUCGGAGCUCUCACCUGGUCUUAGUCCGCCCUCGCAAGCACCCUGGGAGCAGAAACCGCCGCCGCACUGGGCCGACCACAAACCACCGCAGAUGGCACCGCAAACGAAUCAUGCACCUCCGCAACCGACCCACGCACCGCAGAUGGGUGGCUACGUACCUCAGUACUGGUAUCAGCCGGAAACGAACCCGUCGCUGUUAACAGUGUGGCCAGCGGUUUAACAUAACGAGAAUGUAAAUUAUAAUUUUAACCAUCCCUAGUGCUUAAGACGGUAAGACAUUAGACACUCUCCUAAGAUAAGAUCGGCUGUAAAAGCGGGAAGCGACCCUCUACUGCCGAGAGAGCGAGCGAGCGAGAGAGUAGGUACCCUUAGAACAAUGAUUCGAAGCAGCAAAGCAGAGCAAAAACGCAGAAAAAAGGCAAAUAGCACAUGAAAACACACACACCAUUAGAGCGAAUUAAAAGUCCUCGGCAUAGUGGAUAGUGGAAGUAAGUCUCGUUCCCAAUUUAAGAAAACAACAAAAAAAAAAACGGGAGGGAAAACUUUCUAAUUUUAAACCUGGCACGUGAUCUUGUUCAUUUUAUUGGACGUUAGUAUGGAACGGACAUAGCGCGGGCUGCAGAUGUUCUAUUAUAAUUUGUUCUUUUUCGUGUAGUAAUACUUGGAUUCGGAUGCAGCCCCGAUUUCGCAUCGGGCAAUGUGAUGGAUCUGUACAUUUUGCGGUUUGUUGUUCCGUUUGAAACACACACACACACACACAUACAACCCAACCCACAUAAACCCAUGUGUUUGUGUUACUUUUAAUUAGUGUGCUUGGUGCCGUUUCACGGCGGUUUGAGCGGCAGAUGCGUUUUAUAGACCCAGUGGGUGUGUGUGUGUGUGCGAGUGUGUGUGAGAGAGUGUGUUAAAUGAUCCGGAGACGCUUUGGGGCUUUCAGGUAUUCCACCCCCCCCAAGGCAUAGCUGGAUCGAAUCGUCAUCUGCGAAAUCGUACAACGGAAUAGGUUCUGUGCAAUAUUUCUUAAGCGUAGCAUAACAAAACAAACGGCCGCGUAUCCUUUAGCAUGUACGGGGGUUUGAGGGAAUUGGUC